AUGCAACGCUCUGGCCUACGUGAGAUACGCGAACUCUCAACACGUGGUGAGAUAAAGGUCACAAUCAGGGAUAAGGGAGGAGAGUUUGUGGUCAUAUCACGUGAACUAGACAUGGCCAUCACUCGAAACCAUCUGGAUGACGCUACGCUCUACCACUCUUCGUCACAUAAAGAGUUCAUAAAACAGAGUCGCCACCUCAGUAGAGUUUGGGUAGAGAUUGAAAAGGCUGCGGGGUUACAUAAAACAAUGAUCACAAAGCUGAAAUACAAACCUCCUACUUGCCCAGUUCUAUACCUGCUAAUAAAAACACCCAAACUCUCUUCCUUUGCUUUCCUUUCAGAAGACCCGGAUGUAUUCAAAGUAUGUCCUAUCAUAAGCAAAGUAGGUGGCCCCACGGAUAGAAUAUCUCGGCUUUUGAAUGCUAUACUUGCACCAUUGCUCAAGUAUGUUCCCGCGCAUCUAUCCAAUACCAACAUUUUCCUUGAGCAGCUUAAAAGAGCGCGUUCAGGAAAAGAAUGUGUCAUCGAAUCUCUCGAUGUCACAUCGCGUUAUACAAAUGUUUCCAACGGCGCUGCAAUGCAAGCUGUGUUCGAGCUACUCGCAGAACAUCGGGACACCUUAGACUUGCACGGAUUUUCUAUAAGGCAAAUUAUGACGCUCCUGGAUGAAUGCUUAAGGUGCUCCAUUUUUCGUUGGGCCGGCAACUACUAUAGACAGGUCAGGGGAUUGGCCAUGGGACAAAGACUUGCUCCCACAUUAGCCAUUGCAUUCAUGUCCAAAAUAGAACAACCCAUUCUGGAACGGAAACCUUUCUUGUAUUGCCGUUAUAUUGGUGACUGUUGCAUUAUAUGCCCCACUCAAGACGAGAUAGAUACUUGUUUUGAGCUUCUAAUCUAA